CUGCUGUGGAGAGUCUCGAGCUUCGGCUUCGGACUAUCGGGUGUUAUACUGCUAUUUCACGUCAACGAAGGCCCCCUAUUGUCAUGAUACCUUACAAUUGGAAACAACUUCGGUCGCAGACGGCGUUUUGCUUCGUAACCAAUCAUCGAAAUAGCAAACAGGGUUCUGACAACGCAACUACGAUAUAGAAUGGGAGAACUUCAAUGUCAGAGACCGACAUGGUCUCUCUCGGAUCCAGGUAUCGUGUUGAGUCCGGCAGCUUUUCGGCCCCUCAGCGCCUCGAACAAGAAUGGGCUUGCACUUGGCUUGUUCAAUUGAGGCGAAACGCCAAGAUCUUUCCAGUCAGGUACUCCGCUUGCUCUCUCCAACGGUCGUUGCGCGCCCUCACUCUAGCGUCGGGUCUCUCCUUAAGCUUCCACAUUCCACCGGCGCACGCCAGACACAGAGUGCACAAUGAUUCUAGGGUCAAUUAGGGGGAAAAGCGGCUAUUCCUUGCUAUUUCUUCUCGUCGCUAUCUUCGUCGGUCGGACAGCAGCCUCUCUAGGUGACCACCUCCCGGACUUUAAAGAAUGUGUUAAGAUCUGUCAAACGGAAAACUGUGAAGAGGGCAACUCGGCUCUUCCGCUCCAUCUUCGUUUGAUGCUGUGGACCUGCCCUGCCGAAUGUGAUUAUACCUGCCAGCAUGUGGUGACGGACCGUCGAGUCGCUCGCGACCCUCCGAUGCUCAACCCUGUUGUACAAUUCCAUGGGAAAUGGCCCUUUCGCCGGAUCCUAGGCAUGCAAGAGCCCUUCUCCGUGCUGUUCUCCUUCCUCAACUUCGUUGCGCAUUGGCAUGGUAUGGCUCGAAUCCGCGAGGUCAUCCCGUCCUGGCACUCUUUGCGGAGCUACUAUCUCGCCUUCGGAUACUGCGGGUUAUUGUGCUGGACCUUUAGCACGCUUUUCCACACCAGGGAUUUCCCCCUCACGGAGAAGCUGGAUUAUUUCGGAGCCGGAGGCAAUGUCAUGUACGGGUUCUAUCUGGCCAUCAUUCGGAUUUUCCGUCUCGAUCAAGCAGAGCCUCGCCAUAAACCAACGCUGCGUCGUCUCUUGACCGCCGUCUGCCUGUUCCUCUACACCCUCCACGUGUGCUAUCUCAGUUUCUGGUCCUGGGACUAUACUUACAACAUGAUUGCAAACAUCGUCGUCGGGAUGACCCAGAACGUGCUGUGGACGGCCUGGAGUAUUUAUCGCUAUCGCAAGACCGAUAAGAUCUGGACCGUGUGGCCCGCGUUGAUCGUGGUUUGGAUCAUCUUGGCUAUGAGCUUGGAGCUGCUGGACUUCGCCCCUUGGGAGAGCCUGAUUGAUGCUCAUAGUUUGUGGCACCUGGGAACCGUUAUCCCAACGGCAUGGUGGUAUUUGUUCCUUAUUAAAGACGUCCAGGACGACGUGGCUGGAGACCGAUUGAAGGCCUGAGCUGACGGGGUGUAAUCCAUCCGAUCUACAUGGGGCUUGGACGGUAUUGGGGGUCUCUGGAGGGCCCAGAUGACUGGAAGCCUCAUACUAAGUUACUCGGACUACCAUCACAAUGAUGAGUGGUCCUUCUAUAUUUCGCCAUCUAUCACCUGACCGGGGGCCCAAUCCCACCUAAAAUGUCUAGUAUAUGUAUUAUUUAGUUCUCUGUUGUUCCACCUUACGGUUCUAUUUAUC